UUGGAUUUUCUGACUUUCACAAUGUGAUACUUUGACACACAUUUGUCCAUAUUUCUAACAUUUAGUAGCCUAAAUAAUAUAAACCUAAAAAGACAAAUGAUACAACAAAAGGUUAAUCAAGUAAUCAAAAGAUUCAGCCAUUAUACUCUACGUUUAAAUGUUCGGUACGUAGCUCAAGUUGGCCAGAGGGUUGCAAAGCAGAUCCUCAGUUUACAUGGACUGUCUUUUCUGUGGUGUUAUUAAUAAUGUAGUACGAGUCCAAAGUGUCACUCGAUAGCCCGGAUUGAGAGAAAAGGUUUAUCUACGCAUUAAAUGCAUCCAUGCAAGUCAAUCCAAAAAAAGGCAUAUUUGUUAAUGUCGGUCUACAUUUUGAGGAUUGAGGGAAUUUUCUGGAAUUUUUUUGGAAUCCGUGAAAAACAAAUUUCCAGUGACUGAGUCCCCCCUUGAACUUGUUGCCUUGUGUGUUUUGCGUGGACGUUAAAGUCUACAAUAUCCCCCCUUUUCAACUAUAUAUUUGGCUACCCUGCCAUACCCCCACUGAACUGCAGGUUGUUCACCCCACACUAUAUGAUUUAGGUCAGGGGUCUCAGACUCGCGGCCCACGGGUCAAUUGCGGCCCGCGGAACGAUAUUUUGUGGCCCCCUGCCUGAAAUCAAAGCUUGGUGUUAGUGCGGCCCGCGCGUUUUUUUCUCACUUGCAUCUGGGCGUUUUCUAUUUUUUUUAACACUUGUGGGCUACCAUAGCUCAGGCUCGUGACAACAACGCGAAUUAGCAAUUGGUCACUUGUAACAUAUUUUGGGACUGUCACCGAGUGGAGGGAAAAUAUAUCCUGUCACCCAGUGCUAUACGGUUUUUUUCACCCAGCCCCAGUCAUGUCUUUUUCUAAACCUGCUGUGAAGAGAAAAGUUGGCGAUGAGCACAGACAAUUUCAGGAGAAGUGGGAGACGGAAUAUUUUUUUGUUGAGCACAGGGGCAUCCCAACGUGUCUAAUAUGCACGGAUAAAGUUGCGGUGCACAAGGAGUAUAAUAUCAGACGGCAUUACUCAACUAAACAUGCUGAGGAGUAUGCAAAAUACCUGGGAGAUGAGCGAGAGGACCGGGUCGCCAGACUUAAAACAUGUCUACUGAGGCAACAAGAUUUUUUCAAGAAAGCAAGCAAAGAGAGUGAUGCGGCUGUCAAAGCUAGUUACGUGGUGAGUGAGAUGAUCGCUAAGGCAGGAAAGCCAUUCAAAGACGGCGAGUUCAUCAAACAGUGCAUGUUACAGGCUGCAAGUAUAGUCUGCCCGGAAAAAAAGGGACAGUUUAGUAAUAUUAGCAUUUCAGCCAACACAGUGGCAGAGCGCAUUUCUGACAUGUCAGGAAACAUUUACGAUCAACUGCGUGAGAAAGCUAAACAUUUCCAUUCAUUCUCACUCGUUCUUGAUGAGAGCACAGACGUCACUGACAUUGCGCAGCUCGCAAUAUAUGUCCGUGGUGUUGAUGAUAAUUUUGAAGUGACGAAGGAGUUGCUCACAAUGAUUCCAAUGCAUGGCCAGACCACCGGUCAGGAAAUAUUCCGCCAGCUGUGUGAUUCCAUUGUGGAUGCCGGCUUACUAUGGAAGCGUUUUGCUGGAAUAACAACUGACGGAGCGCCAUCAAUGACAGGGAGGAAAAAUGGACUGGUGGCACUUGUUAAAAAAAAACUGGAAGAGGAGGGUGUGGAAGAGGCCAUUACUCUGCACUGCAUUAUCCACCAGCAGGCCCUUUGCAGCAAAUGCCUGAAGUUUGACAAUGUUUGACGUUGUGAAAUUCAUCAACCAUAUCAGAUCCAGGGGUUUAAAGCACCGGCAGUUUCGCGCUUUUUUGGAGGAAAUAGAUUCAGCAUAUGAGGACGUGCUCUACUUCACCGAGGUACGUUGGCUUAGUAGGGGGAAGGUAUUGAAGAGGUUUUUUGAGUUGAGAGCAGAAGUGAAAGCCUUCAUGGAGAAGGAUGGGAUGACUGUUCCUGUACUAAGUGAUCCCAAAUGGCUAAUGGACUUAGCUUUUCUGGUUGACAUCACACAGGAGCUGAAUGUACUUAAUAAGAAGUUACAAGGCCAGGGCCAGCUUGUAAGUGCUGCAUAUGACAAUGUCAGAGCAUUCUCCACAAAAAUUGUAUUAUGGAAAGCCCAGCUUUCCCAGACAAACCUCUGCCAUUUCCCAGCAUGCAAGGCACUCAUGGAUUCAGGCACAACAUUCAGUGGUGAGAAGUAUGCUGAUACCAUUGGAAAGCUACAGGAUGAAUUUGACAACAGGUUUGCAGACUUCAAGACACAGUGCAAUUCUGAACUCAAAGCCAAGUUCAGAGAGGUGAGUGGAAAAACAGACAAGCUUGGACAAUUUUUGAGAGAAUUGCCCCCCACCUUCCCUGAGCUUUCCAGGAUGUUUAAGCGGAUCAUGUGCCUUUUUGGCAGCACCUAUCUGUGUGAAAAGCUCUUCUCCACAAUGAACUUUAAUAAGUCAAAGUUCAGGUCCAAACUUAAAGAUGACCAUCUUAAAGCCAUACUGAGGGUCUCAGUUGCUUCCUCCCUCAAGCCAAAUGUGGAUCAGCUGUGUGAGAGGAAGCGCUGCCAAGUCUCUGGCAGCAAGGAGUAGGAGGAACUUCACCCAGAGUCUACCUCCAGCGGCC